GUUACAUAUGUCAAUCAAAUUUAUUAUGACACUGACUUAUUGAAUCUUUGGAAUUAUUCAAAAAUUAUGUUUUAUCUCAAACUAUUAAUUUCAAUAACCAUUUUCUAUUAUUGUUACGCUGAUCGUUCAUGUGAUAUCAAAUGGCCUCGAUGUGGUACUGUAGAAAAUAUCGUCUGCAGAAACGGUGGUACCUGUAAACCCGAUCUUAAUUCCGAUUGUGUACCCAUACCAAAUAAUAACACUUUUCGGGAUUGGAUUGUAGAAGUUCAUAACUGCUACAGAAAUCGAAUUGCAUUAGGGGAAGUACAGGGUGUUGCCUCUGCGGCAAAUAUGAGAGUCAUCAAUUAUGAUUUAGAUUUGGAAUAUACAGCUUCGUGCUCCGCCAAUUUGUGUAAACCGCAAACUGAUUAUUGUGGACGAACAAAAAAAUUCUGGCAAAACGGACAGAACAUGGAAAUCAUACAUGGUGGUGAAGAUGUGAUUUCAAGUAUACCACACCGAUGGUUCGAUAACAUUAGAUUCAUGAAACCAGAGGGAUAUCGACAUUAUUGGAAGAAUCUUAGCCUUCCUUUAACAUUCACACAGAUGAUUUGGGCAGAAACAACACAUAUAGGUUGUGCAAGAGCAUAUUCAAGCAAAGAAUCUAAAAUCGUAUUAGUUUGCAAUUAUGGUCCGCCAGGGAAUAUCAAUCUUCUUCCCAUAUACAAAGCAGGUGAACCUGUUUCAAAAUGUCCUCCCGGUAUGCACGGUAAUUCCGAAUACCGUGGUUUGUGUGGAACAGUUCAGCCUGUCAGCACCAAUAGGAGAAUUACAGUUAAAGUUAGAUCUGGCGCUGUUAGUGUAUUGAAAUCUAAUUCUAUUUUUGCUUUAAUUUGCACAAUUAUUUCUUGCAUCCACAUAUCUAUUAAUAUCAUAUGAGUUGUUUUCAAAUACAUUUCAUUUAAAAACA